CUUGUUGUGUUGUGUUGACUGCCUGGGGUGGGAUUCGUCAACCUGCUGCUGACGCACUUGCUGCCGAGAGUCACGUGCGCGCAAUCUCACCUGGACAACAACCCCACCAUGCGGGUGUUUUUCUCGCCCGCUCUCCCCUCCACGGUGACCCAACUCUUCCGUUCCUGUCCAAGAUACCUCUCCAACCGACGCAAGCUGUUACCUCUUCUGCCACCACCCUACCCAGUGUAGCAGACUUCCGGCUGAACCACUCCAUCUUCGAACCCACUUUCCCGCCUAUUCUCUUCAAGCCACACCCCCGCCAUAAACCAGCAUCAUGUCUCAAUCCGGAGCGAGCGUGUCUCAGGAGUGCAUAACGGCCUACAACGAGCUUAAGCUGUCCAAGAAGUACAAGUACAUCAUCUACAAGCUCUCAGAUGACAACAAGGAGAUCGUCGUCGAGGAGGCCUCGGCCGAUAAGGACUAUGACAACUUCCGCGAGAAGCUGAUCAACGCCACCACCAAGACCAAGAGCGGAGCUGUCGGCAAGGGUCCCCGUUACGCCGUCUACGACUUCGAGUACAGCCUUGCCUCUGGCGAGGGUGACCGCAACAAGAUCACCUUCCUCGCUUGGUCCCCCGAUGAUGCUGGUGUCAUGGCCAAGAUGGUUUACGCUUCCUCCAAGGAGGCCCUCAAGCGCUCGCUCACCGGCAUUGCGACCGAGCUCCAGGCCAACGACGCCGAUGACAUAGAGUACGACUCCAUCCUCAAGGUUGUCAGCAAGGGCUUGGCUGGUUAAAUGUCUCGUUUCUCGCGCACGAUACCAUUCCUUACGCGGCGAGACGGAGCAUACACUUUGGCGGCUGCAGUCUUCCGGGACGAUUGACGACGAUCAUGGAGAGUUUACGAUGAAUACGGAGGACCACUUUCUCCCCCCUUUGGCGAUUACCGGGACUGAGACCUUUUCCCCAUUCCGAGCUUCUUUUGGGGCGUGACCAGUAAAUUUCCAGAUUCAACUGCCCGCCUGGUUAUACCAACCCAGUGCCAUAGGAAAACACCUUAUGCCGGAAUGUUGAGCAUUCUUGUUGUUGCUGCUUGACGAAAAAAACCAAUUUCUUUAUUAGACCA